AUGGAAGAGCCUGAAGUUUCACAACGCAAGCGAGCUGCUCUGCAGAACCAACGGAGAGUUCAGGCUCGGCCGACAAAUGAGAAGAUAGUGCAAUGGCUAUCACCCCGUAGUGAUCAGUUCCCCACGCCGCGUGGUUAUCACUUCAUGUCAGCACCCAUAUUACCCGAUUCCCCGUCGACGGCAUCUUUCGACGAGAGUGCUUCACCAUCAACAUGCUCAAAUCCAUGGAAUAGGGCUAGUGUCAGUACUGAUGUCACAGAAUUCGAUGAUAUAUAUGAUGUAUCAGAUGAUGAAGACUCCCGCCAAAAGAUGACGAGAACUUCAUCGCAAAUGUACCAGGAGAACUCACGUGCGGCUCCCGCAAAGCACUCGAGAACAACUUCUUCUUCAUCUCAUCGUGAGCUGCCGCCCCUAGUUAUCCCAGGUGAGCGGGAAUCUGGUCUAGAGAGCUGGUCUGGAAGACCAGAUAUGAAGAAACUCACCACUCCUAUCCCACCAACACCACCGUCAAGAGUUGAGAUGUCCCCCGCAGUGAUUUCUUACAUGAAAUCCCAACAGGCUCAAGAAGUACCAAGGAUAUCAGCCCCACCGUCUUUAGAUGGCAGCUUCACAUCCGACCAGAUGGCAGCUAUGUCCGCGCCAGUAACACCAGUUAUGGAGUCGGACGAGGCUCCUUUGGCUGAUUGGUCUGGAGUACAGCUACAGCCUGCUGCUCUAGCAACAUUACAGGCAUUAUCUGGAAGUGAGGAUACCGACGAUGAGUACCGAACUGAGCAGGUCAUUGAACUUCCGGAGGAGAGACUGCCUGAGAUGACACAGCAAAGUCGGCGGUUGUUUUCUGAGACCCGACCGUCCCUAAGGCUAACAACUGGAGGCCGACAACCUCUUAAUGGAUUGACGAGACUUGAGAUCCCAUCUCCCGGCGGUUUCUUUUCCGGCCUUUCGCCACGAGCAAGACACACUUGGCAUCUGCCUACCAAGACACCUGAUGAUGCUGCAACACCUACCUCAACUACUGCAGAACAAUUCUAUCGCUGUCCAUGGCUAGAGCCAGCUCCCCCUAUGCCUGCACGACCAGCAUUUGUGCCAGUACAACACAUCGAUUCCACCACAAUCACGGCCCCGGUUGAACACAUUAUCGAAAUCAGGGGCACUAUGUCGGAUGGCAUGCCCACCGCUCGACCGAUUAUUCUGGAGCAGGUUGUACGGGCUAAGAACACUCUCCCACAGACUCCCUUAACAGCACGCCGCAUUGAACGAAGGAGCCCCGUUACAUCACCCAUUGCUGCGAUUGAGCCCACAUCUCCAGAUGACAACCUAGUAGCAGCCGAUCUUGUAGAAGUGUAUGACCCUGAAUACCCAAAGAAGCAGCAGUCAGCGGCUCUUGUCAACCUUGAUCGUACAGAGCUCUGGCUUAUGGCGCAAAAAGCUUAUCUCCAAGGCGUUGUCGUAGAAGACGAGUCACAGUCGAGUCCCACGGAGGAGCAAGAGACAAUUGAGAUCAGUGUAAAGGGUGAGGAAAAGGGAUCCGAGGCAGAAUCCGAUGCAUCCCCAAUCACUCAGAAGAAGAAGACCGUUCGAUUCUCGGAAAUCGUGGUCCAGACAAAUGUUCCCCGUACUCUUCCCUCCAAGCUUGCUCAAAAAGAAUCUGCAUACUACCGGGCCUUCCAGGACUAUAUCAUCCGAUCUAGUCAAUCAGACGCCUUCGUCCACCGUCUCCCACGGUUCGAGGCUCUCCAGGCGCAACGCAUUGCUUUACGUGAGGCCCAUCGCAAUCAGCUACUCGGCAAGUAUCAAUUGUCGGUAGUCCCCCAGUCCGCACGAAAGCGCAUGAGUGCCAACGUUGUUCGUGGUGACGAUGUUCUCGUUGAUGACCCGGAGAAGCUGAAGCGUGAAAAGGAGGAGGAAGCGUUCGCUCAGAUGGCUACAGCCAACUGGCACGUAAGCGCAGUCAAGGCUUUGAACAACGGACGACUAUUCUCCGCCCCCAUCGCUAAGCAAUUGGCAAGACUUUCUCGCAUCGGAGGCGCCCAGAGCCGUGCUCGCAUUCUCGACCUUGGUGGUCAAGCAACAUGCGAUUGGGCCUGGCAUUGCGCCAUCACCUAUCCCAACACGAAAGUCUAUACAGUGACCACUAAGUCAAUUCGUCAACUGUCAAACUGCAAUAUGCGUGGCCCAUCAAACCACCGCCAGGUCGCCGUUGAGCGACUGACAAAGCUGCCCUUCCCCGACGGACACUUUGAUCUUGUCUCUGCUCGGGAGCUUCACUCUAUUCUCAAAUUCAUCGGCGAGAACGGUGAAGAUGAGUGGGAGAGCUGCCUCAGCGAGAUCAUGCGAGUCUUGAAGCCUGAUGGCUAUCUUGAUUUCUCAGUAAUCGACUCAGACAUCAUGAACGCAGGUCCCCUUGGCCUCGCCAAAUCAGUCGAGUUUGGCUUCUCGCUCAAGACCCUGGGUUACGACCCGAGCCCUACUCGACUCUUCCUGGGCCGUCUGGGCCGAGCUGGCUUCAGCGAGGUCCGCCGCGCUUGGAUGUGCCUCCCUAUGGGCCACACCAAGGUCCCAGCCGGAGAGAAGCCUCUCCCUGUCGUCCGCGACAGCCAAGGCAUCGAGAGGACUCGUGAGAUCGCAGCCAUGGUUCAGGGCUCAACCAAUGGCGCCGCCAGCAUCGCCGGGCUUGCUGGUAGUUGGGCGUGGGAGCGCUGGCUCCUGCGCUGCGAGAUGGAGAAAGUUGCGGGCGAGGGCCGCCUCUGGCUCGACGCUGCCGAGGUCCGCGAGGCGGGCAAGUGUCUUGAGGGCGUCCAUGGCGUCAUCGAAGAGGGUCGGAGCUGUGGUGCGGGAUACAGGAUGUUGAACGGCUUCGCGAGGAAGCCAAGGAAUUAA